AUGGCAGCAAACAUGAGCGGUCAACCAAUGGCCGCUUCGGUGCACCACUCAGGACCACAGCACAGUGCGUCAACCCCAGGCAGCGGACAAGCUGGUGCGGGCAGCGCCACACACUCCUCCCAUCCCACUUCCCAGCCACCGUUGGAUGGCGAGAAACUGUCUGCCCGGAAAGCUCGCAAAGAAGCGGAACGACAGAAGAAACAGGCCAAAAAGUAUGAGGAGCAGCUGAAAAAGAUACGCGGUCCGAAAAGCCAAAAGUUGCAGAUUAUCGAUGAAAGCUUUUUGGAAAAGUACCGGCAUGUGCAAUCGUUACCACCUGGGCCGACGCUCAAGACGAAGAAGCGCUCGAAAAAGGCACCCACCGACGUGGUGCAGAUCAAUCUGUCGGAAUGCAUCCGGGAGCAGCUGGCGGUGGGCGAACGUUCGGAACCGAAGCCGAUUGUGCCGAUCGUUCCACAGCAACCGUUGCUGUUGCUGCACAAAGGCAAGCAGCGGGAAGUGCCAAAGGAAAAGAAGCUGUCACGGCUGAAGAAGGACAUUAUCCGGAGUCGCACGGAAAAGGGUGCCGCUGGUGGACAGCAACCGGAAGACACACCGCAAAGCACAAACAGUGGUGCCGGAGAGCAGGAGAAGACUGUCGGAAACGUUAAAGGUGCCAACGGUGUCGUUGUGAACAAGCAAUCGAACGACAGACCCUCACAGCACAAUCUAGUCGAUUCGCCAUUCCUGAAAGCGAUUGAGCGAUGCUGCAUCAACGAUGGACCACCGCCGAGUCGUGAUUCUAGCGAGUAUCAGAACGGCUUUCCUUCGCUGCGUGUGUCGGCCGCUGUGUCCAAACCUACCACACUGAGACAUUCGCGCAACUUUAGACCGUACUGUGACCAUUUCAUCUCGGAUGAGUUGCGGGAUUUGGCUGAGGAUGUGGUGGUGAAGUUGUUUAACUAUCAGACGAAAGCAUACGCCAAAAAUCCGAUCAAAGCCGUCGCCAACAAACGGUUCGUGGUCGGCUUUAACGAGGUGCUGAAGUUGCUGGAGCUUCGUAAGAUUCGGCUAGUGCUGGUCGCACCCGAUCUCGAACCGAACGAAACCAUCGACCAGAUGGUGAGCAACGUGAAAAUGCUCUGCCGCCAGAGCCAGGUACCGUACCUGUUUGCGCUAAAGCGCAGAAAGAUCGGAUUUCAUCUGCUGAAGAAGGCACCGAUCAGUUGCGUCGGGGUGCUGAGUUAUGCCGGGUGUGAGGAUACCGUCAAGCAGAUGCUGUCGGUGGUGGAGCAGGAGCGCGAAAGCUAUCGCAAUUUGAUGGUGGUCGAUGCAGGCUGUUGAGUGCGGUGCUGCUGGCGUAUUCGAUACACUCGACG